UGUGGAGGGAGGUGUUAAAUAGGAAAAAUUAAGCGUUCCAAGUGAAGAGAACUUUACUGAAUUUACUGAAAAAUUUAAUUUGGGAGGAAAUUUGGGGGGAAAAUUGAUGAAAGAGGAAGAAAUGAUUAAUAAAAAUGAGGAGGAAGAGUUGAAGAAGGAGCAGAACCAUUUGAGGAAGGAACAGGAAGGAAAGGGUGGAGAGAAGGGAGAAAAUUCUAAAGAGAAGGGAGAAAAGUCUGGAGAGAAGGGAGUGGAAAAGGAUUACAAAAAAUAUAUAACCAAAGAAGUAAAAAAAUUGAACAAAAAAUUUUUUGUUCUGAAACUACUACCUCCACCAAAACUGAAGAAAAUGUUUUAUUCGUAA